AUGCCCAGCAAAAAAGAAGAGAAAAAGCAUAGGAAAUCAGAACAAGAAAACCACCAACAAAAAGCAAAAGAAACCAACCAAUUGCAAACUUCUACUUCAAGAAGUCGUUUGCGAAAUGAACAGCAAUUUGAGAAAAUGUCGUCAAAAGUCCCGCAUGGAAUUUCA